UGACCGUAAUACAAUACAGUGCGCAGUAUCACAAUAAGAGUGUUUUCAGGUUUGUUCGAGCGUGUUUUUGUUUUCAUUAUCACUGCAGUUAAACGGGUUAAAAAUUCUAACUCAACCAGCGCAUAAAAUUACAGGUCCUCAAGAUUUACAAAGUUCCAGGAUGAUGGCAAAUCAAAAACAUUACAAGUAUACACUUUCCUCGAACAAUGGGCUCCUAUCAUCGGAACAAAGAGAUUCUUUUGAAAUUAAUGGAUAUAUAGUUAUCAAGCAUUUAAUAAAUGAAACGUUAUUAGAUCGAUUCAAACAAAGAUUCUCUGACAUAUGUGAAGAUAAGAUCAACCGAGGAGGAAUAACUGUGAUGAAAGAUGUGUCAUUGGCCAAACGAAACCAAGAAACCAUUUCCAAAGAAUUCAGUAUCAAUAAGAUACAAGACAUACUAUGGGAUGAUGUUUUUGAACAAUAUUUUCUACACCCAACUUUGCUCGAUUAUGUGCAGUGUGUUACUGGUAACAAUAUAAUGGCUAUGCAUUCGAUGUUAAUAAACAAACCUCCAGACACGGGAUCGAUGACUUCGAGACAUCCGAUGCACCAAGAUUUACAUUACUUUGCCUUUCGUCCAGCUGACAGAAUUGUGGCUGCGUGGACAGCCAUGCAAACGGUCACCAGGGCCAAUGGGUGUCUAUUUGUGUUACCGGGUUCUCACGUUAACCCUGGUAAACUUCUUCCACACGAAUAUCCAAAAUGGAAAGGAGGCGUGAACAAAGGAUUUCAUGGGAUUGAAGGAUACGAUCAAUAUCAAAAAGAGUAUUUGAAUAUGGAACCCGGUGAUACGGUACUCUUUCAUUCGUUAUUAAUACAUGGAUCAGGACCGAAUAUGUCAAAUGAAACGAGAAAAGCAAUCUCUUGUCAUUUUGCAUCCUGCGAAUGCCAGUACAUAGAUGUUACUGGUACGUCUCAGCAAAACAUCGCGUCCGAAGUCAGAGAAAUAGCGCGUAAUAGAGGGUUCGAGGACAUGGACUUCAAAGACUUUUGGAAGUUCCGCAGUCGACUUGUGCGUGGUUUGAAAAUGCAUUUAUAGCCGAAUCCAUAUAUAUAAGUACAAUUAUUUAAAAACGUAAUUUAUGUUCAAUAAAAACGAUUUUAUCCUUACUUGUUUUUAACAUCACAAUAAAUAUAUUUUAUCUAAAUUAGUAGUUCGCACCAACAUAUAUUUCAAUAA